CGCUCCAUUCACACGCAGGGGAGCCGUCGGACAGAGCGCACCGCCGCCGCCGCCACUCCGUGUGACCAGCGUGGAAAUGUGCCCAAGUUGUGGAAUUUAAAACCAUGGCGGGGAUAACAGCCCUGAGGAUCAUUUGAACGCGGCUCCAACCUUGUGCCUCUUUGGAUGAUGUUCCUGAUGACUGCUCACGACGCUGAGAAAAGGACAGUGGAUCAAUAGGAGUUUUGUUUCUCCUUGCCUGGUCCUUCUCCCUCCCUCAAGCUCUCCUUUCUCAUUCCUUAAUACUAGAGGAGGCAGAGAAUAAAAUCCCGACUUGGAUCUGGGCAGCAGAGAUUUUUCUCCUUCUCCUUCUUCCUUUCUCCUCCCCCGCCCCCCCGAGGCCCUGCCUGUGUUUACUUCAGAUAUGUGUCCCCUUUCUCUGACUAUAGCCUUCCCUGGCCAGGGGCACCUGCUUUUUCUAAUGGGUGCUUUACUCCUCAUGGUGCCAUCCCCCUCUGGAGGUCAACCCCCACCCUUCAAAAGGUUUGCCCUUCCUGACAGUUUGCUCACACAUCUGGCCAUCCACAACAGGACCGGAGAAGUGUACGUGGGAGCUGUCAACAGGAUCUUCAAGCUGUCCAGCAACCUGACUGAACUGCGCAGCCACGUGACGGGUCCAGUGGUGGACAAUGAGAAGUGCUACCCUCCUCCCAGUGUUCAGUCUUGUCCCCACGACCUGGCGAGAACCCCCAACGUCAACAAGCUACUUCUUAUAGACCACGCCCAGAACCGCCUCAUCGCCUGCGGCAGCACCUCACAGGGCAUAUGCCAGUUCUUGCGACUGGAUGACCUCUUUAAGCUCGGCGAGCCUCACCACCGCAAGGAACACUACCUCUCUAGCGUGGCGGAGUCUGGGACCAUGUCAGGGGUCAUCAUAAGCUCCCCUCAAAGUCCCACCAGCAAGCUGUUCAUCGGAACCCCUAUCGAUGGAAAAUCGGAGUACUUCCCAACCUUGUCCAGUCGCAAACUGAUGGAGAACGAAGAAAAUGCUGACAUGUUUAGCUUCGUCUAUCAGGAUGAGUUCGUCUCCUCUCAGCUGAAGAUCCCCUCUGACACUCUGUCCAAGUUUCCUGCUUUCGACAUCUAUUACGUGUACAGCUUCAGUAGUGAACAGUUUGUCUAUUAUCUAACGAUGCAGCUAGAUACCAAACUGACCUCACCCGACGCCAGCGGGGAGCAGUUCUUCACCUCAAAAAUUGUCCGUCUCUGCAUGGACGACCCAAAGUUUUACUCCUACGUGGAGUUCCCCAUCGGCUGUACCAAAGACGGGAUAGAGUACCGUCUGGUGCAGGACGCCUUCCUUGCCCGACCAGGCCGGCAGCUGGCCAACUCCUUGGGGAUUUCCGAGAACGAAGACAUCCUCUUCACGGUUUUCUCUCAGGGUCAGAAAAAUCGGGCAAAGCCCCCCAAAGAGUCUGCGUUGUGCCUGUUCACCCUGAGGAAGAUAAAGGAGAAGAUCAAAGAACGAAUUCAGUCCUGCUACAGGGGAGAUGGGAAGCUCUCUCUACCCUGGCUGCUUAACAAGGAGCUUGACUGCAUCAACUCGCCCCUGCAGAUAGACGACAACUUCUGUGGACAAGACUUCAACCAACCUCUUGGAGGAACCAGCACCAUUGAGGGCAUCCCUCUCUUCAUAGACAAAGAUGAGGGCAUGACUUCGGUGGCUGCCUAUGACUACCGUGGCAACACGGUGGCGUUUGUUGGUACACGCAACGGGACACUGAAGAAGAUCUUGGUGAACUCUGUGAGCCGUCCGGCGUUGCUGUACGAGAAGGUGACCGUCAGCGACGGAAGUCGUCCUCUACUGAGAGACAUGCUGUUCAGCCCCGACCUGCAGCACAUUUACACUCUGACUGACAGACAGGUGGUGAGGGUUCCAGUGGAGAGCUGCGAGCAGUACACCACUUGUGGGGAGUGUUUGGGCUCCAGAGAUCCUCACUGUGGUUGGUGUGUUCUGCACAAUGUAUGUUCUCGUAAGGACCGUUGUGAACGAGCAACAGAGCCUCAGAGGUUCGCCUCUGACCAGAGACAGUGUGUGGAGCUUACGGUUCAACCAAGAAAUAUAUCUGUCACCAUGUCUGAAGUUCAGCUGGUCCUCCAGGCUCUUAAUGUGCCCGAUCUGUCAGCGGGGGUUAACUGCUCCUUCGAGGACUACGUGGAGACGGAGGGACGAAUCCAGGGUGGACACAUCUAUUGCUUGUCUCCUUCUGCGAGGGACAUCUCCCCAAUCACUAGGAACAAAGGUGACAUGCGGGUUGUGAAGCUCUACCUCAAGUCCAAAGAGACGGGCAAAAAGUUUGCCAGUGUAGACUUUGUCUUCUACAACUGCAGCGUCCACCAAUCCUGCCUUUCCUGUGUGAAUGGCUCCUUUCCAUGCCACUGGUGCAAGUACCGCCACAUGUGCACCCAAAACGCCUACGACUGCUCUUUCCAGGAGGGACGAGUCAACAACUCUGAGGAUUGCCCCCAGAUUCUGCCGUCCACUCAGAUUUACAUGCCGGUCGGCGUCACCAAGCCGAUCACCUUGGCAGCCAGGAACCUACCCCAACCGCAGUCCGGACAGAAGAACUACGAGUGCCUCUUUGACAUCAAGGGCGUGACCCGCAGUGUUCCUGCACUGCGCUUCAACAGCACCUCCAUCCAGUGCCAGAAAACAGAGUACAAUUAUGAAGGCAGCGAUAUCAGCGACCUGCCAGUGGAUCUGUCCGUGGUUUGGAAUGGAAACUUUGUCAUCGACAACCCCUACAACAUUAAAGCUCACCUGUAUAAGUGCUUUGCGCUGAGAGACAGCUGCGGGAUGUGUUUGAAGGCAAACCCCAGGUUCGAGUGUGGCUGGUGCGUGGGAGAGAAGAAGUGCUCCCUCAGACAGGAGUGCACUCCCCCAGAGAGUGUCUGGAUGCACGCUACGACUGGAAACAGCCGCUGUAUGCACCCAAAGAUCACUAAGCUCUUCCCAGAGACGGGGCCCAGACAGGGAGGGACCAUGCUGACCAUCAGUGGUGAGAAUCUGGGUCUGCAGUUCAAAGACAUCCAAAACGGAGUCCGCAUCGGGAAGGUGACGUGCAACCCUCAGGAGGACCAGUACAUCAGCGCUGAACAGAUAGUGUGUCGGCUGAACGAUGCAACGGGCUACAGAGUGCAGGACGCUCAGGUGGAGGUCUGCGUGAGGGAUUGCACCCACCCUGACUACAAAGCUAUUUCAUCUAAGGCCUUCACCUUUGUGUCGCCAUAUUUUACCCGUGUCCACCCCUCCGCCGGUCCGCUGUCUGGAGGAACAAGGAUCACGAUUGAAGGCAGUCAUCUUAAUGCAGGCAGUGCUGUAGCUGUGAAGAUCGGCCUUCACCCGUGCACCUUUGAAAGGCGCAGCAGCAAGGAUAUUGUGUGCGUGACGCCGGCCGGGCAGACCCCGGGCCCCACCCCAGUCAUGGUGGACAUCAACGCCGCAGAGCUGAGGAACCCAGAGGUCAAGUUCAACUACACAGACGAUCCCACUAUUCUCAAGAUCGAGCCUGACUGGAGCAUCGCCAGUGGAGGCACAAUGCUGACCAUAACGGGAACCAAUCUGGCAACCAUCAAAGAGCCCAAGAUGAGAGCCAAGUACGGAGCUGCACAGUCGGAAAAUAAAUGCACUGUUGUCAACAACACCGUCAUGGUGUGUCUGGCGCCCUCUGUGGCCGAAUCUAACAAAAGCUUCUCUGCGAUGGGCACCAGUCCUGACGAGAUUGGAUUCGUCAUGGAUGGAGUACGCGCUGUACUGGUGAUAAACGAGACGUUCAGCUACCACCCGGACCCGGUGUUUGAACUCCUCAGUCCCAACGGCAUGCUGGAGCUGAAGCCCAGCUCACCACUCAUACUCAAGGGUCGGAACCUCACUCCUGCAGCUCCAGGAAACUCUAAGCUGAACUACACGGUGCUGAUCGGAGACACGCUCUGCGCCCCUACCCUGUCUGAGAGCCAGCUGCUGUGUGAAUUACCUAACCUGACUGGAGAGCAUAAAGUCACAGUCCGCGUUGGAGGCUUCAAAUUCUCACCCGGGACUCUGCAGAUCUACUCCGACAACCUGCUCUCUCUGCCUGCCAUCAUUGGCAUCGGCAUCGGUGGCGGCCUGCUUCUGCUGGUCAUCAUUGUGGUUCUGAUCGCUUACAAGAGGAAGUCGCGGGAUGCCGACCGCACCCUGAAGCGACUGCAGAUGCAGAUGGACAAUCUAGAAUCUAGGGUCGCCCUGGAGUGCAAAGAAGCCUUUGCAGAGUUGCAGACUGACAUCCACGAACUGACGCAGGAGCUGGACGGAGCAGGAAUCCCGUUCCUGGACUACCGCACAUACGCCAUGAGGGUCCUCUUUCCUGGGAUCGAGGACCAUCCUGUACUCAAGGAGAUGGAGGUACGGGUCCAAGCGAAUGUGGAGAAGGCCCUGACGUUGUUCGGCCAGCUACUGACCAAAAAGCACUUCUUGCUGACAUUCAUCCGCACACUUGAGGCCCAGAGGUCCUUCUCCAUGCGAGACAGAGGCAACGUGGCUUCUCUCAUCAUGACAGCAUUGCAGGGGGAGAUGGAGUACGCCACGGGUGUCCUCAAACAGCUCCUGUCCGACCUUAUCGACAAAAACCUGGAGAGCAAGAACCACCCGAAGCUGCUUCUCAGGCGGACGGAGUCAGUAGCUGAGAAGAUGCUCACCAACUGGUUCACCUUCCUGCUUUACAAGUUCCUCAAGGAAUGUGCUGGUGAGCCUCUCUUCAUGCUGUACUGUGCCAUGAAGCAGCAAAUGGAAAAAGGGCCAAUAGAUGCAAUCACGGGAGAAGCCCGCUAUUCCCUCAGUGAGGAUAAACUCAUCAGACAACAAAUUGACUACAAAACUUUGACGCUUCACUGUGUGAACCCAGAGAAUGAAAAUGCCCCCGAGGUGACGGUAAAGACCCUUAACUGUGACACGGUGACUCAGGUGAAGGAAAAACUGCUGGAUGCUGUGUACAAGGGGACCCCAUACUCCCAGAGACCGAAGGCCUCGGAUAUGGAUCUCGAGUGGCGGCAGGGCAGGAUGGCCCGGAUCAUCCUUCAGGACGAGGACGUCACCACAAAGAUUGAUAACGAUUGGAAGAGACUCAACUCCCUAGCUCACUACCAGGUGACAGAUGGCUCAGUGAUCGCCCUGGUGCCCAAACAGAACUCGGCCUACAACAUCUCCAACUCCUCCACAUUCACCAAGUCCCUCAGCAGAUAUGGUACGAGAGAAGAGAGCAUGCUGAGGACAGCCAGCAGUCCAGACAGCUUGCGCUCCCGAACGCCCAUGAUCACCCCUGAUCUCGAGAGCGGCACCAAGCUGUGGCAUCUGGUAAAGAACCACGACCACUCAGACCAAAGGGAGGGGGACAGAGGGAGCAAGAUGGUCUCAGAGAUCUACCUGACCAGACUGCUCGCCACUAAGGGUACGCUCCAGAAGUUUGUGGAUGACUUGUUUGAAACCAUCUUCAGCACAGCGCACCGCGGCAGCGCCCUACCGCUCGCCAUCAAGUACAUGUUCGACUUCCUCGACGAGCAGGCGGACAAACACUCGAUAACAGACUCUGACGUACGGCACACUUGGAAGAGCAACUGUCUUCCACUGAGGUUCUGGGUGAAUGUGAUCAAGAACCCACAGUUUGUCUUUGACAUUCACAAGAACAGCAUUACAGAUGCGUGCUUGUCCGUGGUGGCUCAGACUUUUAUGGACUCGUGUUCAACAUCGGAGCACAAACUAGGGAAGGACUCUCCUUCUAACAAGCUGCUGUAUGCUAAAGACAUCCCCAACUACAAGAACUGGGUUGAAAGGUACUACUCGGACAUCUCCCGGAUGCCUGCCAUCAGUGACCAGGACAUGAGUGCCUACCUGGCGGAGCAGUCCCGGCUGCAUGCAAACCAGUUCAACAGCAUGUCGGCUCUACACGAGAUCUACUCCUACAUUGUCAAGUACAAAGAUGAGAUCUUGUCAGCUUUGGAGCGGGACGAGCAGGCGAGGAGACAGAGACUGCGGAGCAAGCUGGAGCAGGUCAUCGACACAAUGGCUCUGGCCAGCUGAGGACAAUCCACCUGCUCCCUCUCCUCACUGCUCUCCUCCAUCUGUUGCUCUGCCUCCCUCGCUCUUCUCAGACAACAAACAAACAGAAAAAGUCCAUCCCCAGGAAACACGAACUGCAAAAAGGAUCGAAGCAGUAUACUCCAGACUUGGGGUGGGGUUCGGCGGAGAUGGGCGGGCCUGUGUACGCUUACAUGUGUAUGUUUGUGUUCGUCUGCAGCCGCGGUGCAGCGUGUGUCUGUGUGAGAGACUCCAGACAUUUCCACACAUGCAUACAUGGAGAACAAAGUCUCUUGACAGCGUUUGGUUCUCGUGGAUGUUGGUGUUUGUGGUUUGCUUGAGUUAGAUUUUUUUUUUUUUUUUUUUUUUGAUUUUUAGAAGAAUUUGUCAUUAUGAGACUGAUGAUGAUCAUGAAAAACGACAGGAGCUCAGACACUCCACACAUGGCGUCACCAACAGAGUGGACCGAUCUGUUCGAGCCGGUGGAGAGUAGCUCUGAAGGUCACGUGAUUCCUCACCUUUUCUUUUUUUUUUUUUUUUUUUUGUAUAAAUGUAAUCAACUGCCCACUCUCUGAUCUCUCGCCACUUGUAUUACUGCUGAAUUUGCACAAUUUACAGAAACGUUACAAAGCAAGACUAUAUAGAUAUUAUAUAUAAAUACAGUUUUUAAUGAAAGAUUAGGGAGAAAACAUUUUUGUUGUGUUCUGUUUUUUUUUUUUUUUUCAUUUAAACUGAUGAAUACAAUGAAUAAAUGGUGAAACAUGAUUUGAUAUUUCAAGUCCAAAAGAAAAGACUCCAAGUAGGCAGAAAACGAAUGAAAAACAAAAUAAAAAAAAGUCGUACUGUGCCAUGUUUUCUUUGAAUGUUGUUUAGUGCAGAGACAUUUUGUUAGAUGGAAUGUGAUACAGUCGGAUUUUUAAAUAUGAACAUUGCCUAGGGACUGAAAAGAGCUGAUUGAGAUCAUUGUUGAACGUGGAAGUAAACAUAGCGACAGACAAAAACUUCAUUGAGAUGCUGUGCGGUGGAAUCUGUUGGUUUUAAAAAGCCAAAUAUCACGUAAUAGUUACUUUAUCGUUAGAAAAGUACAUGAGGAGUUAGAAGCUAUCAGGCUCAAGAAGCAAAAGCUAGUAGAACAAUGAAGUAGCUACAUUGCACUACCUAAAAUAUUCUACUGUAGUUUUCCUGAUGCAUCUUUGACACCAUACAGUUGCAUCCCAUUCAGUUAGAGCAUUAUUGAAUGGUUCAUUUCAGUAAUUCAAAAACAGUGAAGCCCAUAUACUCUAAAGCUCCCUUACACAUGGAGCCAUGGUUUUCAAGUGUUUAUUUCUGUCGGUUAAGAUGAUUCUGGCUUAAAGCGUACUAAAACCCCAAUUUUCUUUUAAAAAGUAGGCCCAUGUGCAGUACAGUACGACUUGGUUAGGGCUCUUUUUUGCAAGGUUUACUGCAUCAGUGCUUUGUGGCGAUGAUUGUGGAUCUGCUGAGGUACUAAUUAAGGAAGCUUAGGUUGCUUUAACAGCCGCCUCCAGUCCGUCUGGGUUGUUGGCGCUGGCAUCUCCCAUCUUCUUCUUGACAAUCCUCCAUAGAUUCUGCGCUUGAUUGAACUUGAUCAUACAAAGUGGACCAGCCUCAGCUCGUUGCAUGGCUCCCCAUAUCUUAACUGUCUGUGGAAACUUUAUUCUGGACCUUGAAUGGCUUGGAUUAUCUGCCUAUUCACUCUUCCUCCAGACUCCGGGACCUGGAUUUCCUAAUUAAAUUCUUUUUAGACUAAGUCUUUUGUUUCCAUGAAGGUAAGGAGCCUUUGAUGUCAUCUCGGAUUCAGGACUGGCUUAAUACAAGAAAAGUGACUAUUGUAGCCCAUGUCCUGCAUACAUCUCUGUGAAGGUUCUCAAAGUACUGACUUUGGUCACGGCCUACGCCCAAUACUCCUAAAUGUCCUUUGCUUCAACAUCCAUCAAGGCUUCGGUUAUCCCUGUUGUUUGUCUACCUUUUUUCUACCAGCUCUUUUUUUUUCUUCCUUCCACUUAAUUUUCCCUCAGUAUUGGACACAGCCCUCUUGCCAACCAGCUUCUUUGGUAAUGAACUUGUAGGGCUUGUCCUCCUCUUUGGAGGGUGUAAAUGAUAGUAUGUCGGCAGUCUUCUCUAUGAUCAUGGAGUCCAUUAAACACAAUUUCUGUUUUAAAAACCUAUUUUAGUUAAUUUGGUUAUAAGUAAUAUCCAUUUUCUAAAAAGGUCUGCGUUAGCUGUAAGCCCUGAUUAUCAAAAAGGACAGAAAUAAACUCUUGGAAUCAAUCGCUCUGCACAUAGUCUAUCUACUGCAAGUUUCAGUUUUUAAAUUGAAUUACAGAAAUAAAUGAAGUUUUUUUUUUAUAUAUAUAUAUUGUAAUAUACUGAGAUGCAGCUGUAUCUAACAAUCAAGACUCCACAGGUCAUCAGUUUCUGUUAGCCUUCUCUUAAAAAACAUCUGCCCAACCCAAAAUAAAGCACAGCUAGACUCUUGCUGGUGGGAGACUACUAUUAUGAGUUCAGGUAGUUAUUUAGCUGAGCCCCUUAAAAGUGAAACUAAGUCAGAAAAGCUGUUUUCAGCCUCCAGCCACUAUUCCCCAGCAUUCCUUCUUGUUAAUACCCCCAAAAAGGGGCAUGGAAAAGAUCAACUGAGCCUUUCUGUUCACCUCUAACUUCUAAAUAGGAGAUAUGGGUUUUAGCUUUUCAUCCACACUGAGGUUGUAGAAGCGCCUCUGUUCAUUUGCCACAUCAGGCUGAGUAAUCCUCCCCUCAGCCUGCAGCUCUUGUUUUAAAACUAGCCUAUUGCCACGUGUGGCUUAAGCUUUUUUAUAUUGCUUCUCUCUUAAGAGGAUUUCUGUUUCUCUUUUUUUUUUUUUUUAAGUCUUGAUGUCAUAGUUUUUGACCUUGUGGUAAGAAAUGUUUUUUUUUUUUCCGCUUACCGAGAAACCAAACUGUGGUCUGUAUAAUGUUUUUGUUAAUGUUUCAUUUGUAAAUUGUAUACUUUUUCUUAAUGAACAAAUGCGGUUUGCCAUUUAUUUCCCCCUUUGUGUUAGUUUUUUUCAUCAUGUAAAUUGUACAUUUUUACGGUACAUGGAAGAGAAGUUGAAGUACUUGACUGAACUCCAGGUUUUGUUUUCCCGAUCUGAAGGAUCGGAGUGAAACUGUUCAUCGGAUCAGAUGAGCCGCUGUGUCGUCGCUAAGGAAAUGUGACUAGCUGCUUUAACUCUUGUACCUUUGCUUUUCUAUCCAACAUUAGGGCUGUCAUCAGAAAUACUGUCACUGUUCAACCCAACCACUUUGUUUACCGGACAUGUCUGAGGAUCGACAUGCAUAGGAACCUUUUUUUUUUUUUUUUAACUGGAAACUCGUUUGGACUUGAUCGUUUACUCUGUAGACCGGAAACAAGCAGGCCUGUCCAUGCAAUAAUAGGAAAUUAUAUUUCUUAGAUCUAAAUGUUUGCUCUUAUGUCAUUCCUGUUAAAUGAUAUAUGGAAAAACGAAAAACUUUCACAACAUUCUUUCCUUUGCACCGUCGGCAGUGGGCACUUUGGAUGUGGACAAUAUGGCUAACGGCCCAGGAUGCGAUUCUGUUAGAGGGUGGCCAAAGCUAUCCAAAAAAAGAAGUACGUUCAGACACUAACACAUUUUGUUUAGCUUGUUUCCACGUCCAGUCAAUAGGUGGGGGUGGGGAGGCGCCCCCAGUGUUGUAAGCACAGUACUUAAAUAUGACAGCAACUUGUGGCCGGUUAACAGGGCUGAACUUGGUAUCUGUUUACUAGAUUCCUUUACACACAGAAACUGAGUCUUUUAAGGAUUCAGGAGAGCAUUUGGUCAGAUCUAGCUCAAAAUCUAAAAUCCCCAACAUGUACUCACCCUGGGCGGGUAUGUCUGACUGUUCAUUUAUCCAUGAGCCACCACUGUUUCCUCUGAGUUAUUGCUGCAGUCUUACAUUUUGGUGCUCUUAUACAUAGGUUAUUGCUGAAGCUCAGCUGCGCACUAAAGGGACCUCUGUUGACGGAUGUGUCUGAGUACAGGGGGACAGAAUCAGCUACAGGAGCACACUGCUCAGUAUCCUGCUGGUAAUCUGUCACUCUUUAAAAAUAGUCCCACCUUCUCAGCUCUUUCUCUAUUUUUGAUGCUGUUCAUGUCAUCCUGGCUGAUUAGAGGUCAGAUUCAUUUAUCACUGUUCACGGUUGCUUGCUUUUUUCUUUCUUUUUUUUUUUAAAUUGACCCUCUUUGCAAGUCUAAAUCGCUUUGCCGGCUUCCCUUCUCCAUUUCUCAUUUUGAAUAGCUCAAAAUGGCCGAUGAUUUGCAUUAACCGUAUCUGAGGUGGAAGAAUGUUUGUCUAAAAGGGUUUGUGUCAUCUGAAGCAGCAGCAGCAGCCGCCGUCAGCAGCCAGGUUGCAACUUUUUACAAGUACAGGAAGCUGACUGUGUUUCUUUGUUGUUGGAUUAUUUGCUGUUUUCAGACGCAUCGAAACAAAUGAGCAUGUCCGAUUUUCUGCUCUGUCUUCAGGGUGAGGGCUCAGCACACACUGGUCUAUAGUUCUGUACUCUUUGGUCAUUUUUUUCUUCUGGCCUUUUUUAAACCAUCGCUGAAUCCAAGCAAGACCUGGUUUCCGUUUGGUUAUCCUGCUUUCCUGUCGGUCUACAAAACACGUUCCGUUUUCUUUCUUCAGAGUGAUCGUUUCUAGGGAUCCACAGAAACGCGACGCAAACGGAUUUCAGAUGGUCGGGCGAGAGAAUUUUAAUACUUCAAUUACUGAUGCUUUUUUAGAGUUUCAGACUUGAAGCGACUGUCACAUGUUUGCAGGUUAACACUCAUUGUGUAAAUAUUAUGUUAUUUCCUAUUUUGCAGAUUUAUUACUUGUAAAUAAACACGCAUCAAGGAGAGAUUAAACAUUUUUUGCUAAAUA